AUGGAAGUCACGGCAUCUCUAGAGGUCAAGCUGGCGACCACGGCAUCAAAGAAGGGAAAGAAGGUGGUGGAGGAGGUGGUGGCGGCAGUGGAGGAGGAGACGUCGGCGACCCCAGCGGCAACAGCGGUGGCGGAGGCGGCACCGGCUCCGGCGACGGCCACCGUGUCGACAGCGGAGGCGGCUGCACCACCACCGGUUGAGGGGGCAACAAAAACAACAACAACAACACCGGCGGCGGCUGCAGGAGCAGCGGUGGAGGAGGAGGAAGAGGAGGAGUAUGUCGUGGAGAAAGUCCUGGAGCGUCGCAUUUUCAAAGGGAAAGUGGAAUUCUUGCUGAAAUGGAAGGGCUUCUCUGACGAGGACAACACAUGGGAGCCAGAGGACAACCUGGAUUGCCCUGACCUGAUCGCAGAGUUCAUGCAGAAGCUGAAGGAGAAGGAGGAGAAGAAGAAGGAGGGCAAGAGGAAAGCAACCAGCGAGACCUCUCCGGACACUGAGGAGAAGGGGAGCAAGAAGAAGAAGGAGGAGACUGAGAAGGCCAGGGGCUUUGGUCGCGCACUGCAGCCAGAGAGGAUUAUUGGGGCGACAGAUUCCAGCGGAGAGCUAAUGUUCCUCAUGAAGUGGAAGAACUCUGACGAGGCGGACCUCGUCCCGGCCAAGGAGGCCAACGUCAAGUGUCCGCAGGUCGUGAUCUCCUUCUACGAGGAGCGCCUCACCUGGCACUCCUACCCCGCCGAGGAGGAGGAGAAGAAGGAGGAGGAGAAAAAGGACUAGAGAGGGGCGGGGGCAGGCCAAAAGGAGGGAGAGGGCCGGAGGUAUCUCCAGUCCGUCUUUUAAUCAACGAUGUAAAAAUGCUCUCCUCCCAAGGUACGGUUUGCACACAUUGACAACUCGUAAAACAUUUUCUGUCCUCUCACCCCCCCCCCCCCCCUGCACAUGAGAAGAGUCCUCCUUUUUAGAAACUGCACAUAAGCAUUAAUUUGCAUCAUGGUUGGUAACGACACUUUUAACCGGAGAAUCUGUUUUUGAGGCAUCAAUAUCUACCUGAUUUUGAAAUGGAAGAACUACAGGGCCUGAACCCUAGCCACUGCUUUCCUCACACAAUACUUAAUCUGAAAAUUUCAUGUGCUCGAGGGACAAAUGACUAAACCACAACACUGCCAUAUCUGCUCUUUAUAGUGGCUUUUCAUGGAAGUGCAUUCGUUCAAGCUGUUGCGUGGUUAAUAUUGAGCUACGGGGCACAUUGACAUACGAUCCAUAAUGAUGUCCACAUGUUGACGGGACGGUUGCUUUUUACCUACCCGAGUAUCUGAUCAAGUACAGAAAAGCAUUCAACUGAUGGUUCUCCCUCCCUCCCCCUCGACUGAUUCAUGUAUCAACAAUUUUUUAAAGGGAAAACUUACAGAAGUGUGGUUUCAUGUCAUGUAUAUAGUUUCCUUUACCUUCCUUCCCGGAGUGGGAACAACCCAUUUGAGGUCAUAUUCAAAAGUUUACUGUUGGUCAUACUUCUUGUAGUGCAUUAGUAUUCAACAAAUUAUUGUGGCGAACUUGGUGAACAGAGUAACAUCUGCUCCUGCUGAGGUUCGUGCAGGGGUGGAUUUGUACCUACUGUUGACCUGUGAGCUUCAGCCUGAUGGACCAGCAGUCUGGUCUCUUUUGAACUCAAACAUGAUCACACAAGGGAACCCACUUAUCAACAAGCUGUUGUGCCUCAUAGCUUUCCAGUAUUUAAAUAAUAUUACAAACAAACGCCUUUUUAUGAAGGUAGACUAGACAUGAUGCUGCUAUGCAGCUUCAUGGAUUAUCACAAGUACUAUUAAAAACAACAAUUGAACCAAAACCUCAUGGUAGUGAUGUAGUUCUGUUUAAGACAAGGUGGCCACUCUGCAACAGGUACAGAUAUGGAGACGGGGAGUCGUUAUUAGCAUUUCAUCCUUUUGGUUAAACCUUUAAAUACUUCAGUGUAACAUUAUAUUGGUGCUCAAUGUUUGGAGAUAUUCUACAAUAAAACCAAAUGCUGGUUAAUUUGUGGUUGAGCUCUGUUCAGGUAGUUAUGGCUAUUUUCUUAUGACAUUGGGAGAAACGUUAACCACUGUGGUCCAUUUGAAGGAAUGUCCUAGUUCACCUCUUACUUCUGCUGAUCGGCAGAACUGUCCCAGGAAGGCCGAUGGAAUUGCGUUUUACAAACACACUUCAUUCCAAUCCUCAUUUAUGCGAUCGCUACACACUAGCCGCGUUUACAUGGCACAUCUGAUCCGCAUAGAUUUCUAUGCGGAAUAGAUCUGUUCCUAAAAUGUGAUCUGAAUGUACUGUAUACAUGGCAGUAACAAAAGUGUCCGUUAUGUCUCUCGCGCACACCAGACGCAUCUCUGGACCGGCGGCGACAUAAUGGACGUCUUAUCACUAUUUGGCAUUGUGAAUUCGAUUUUUAAUGUAAGCACAGCAGGAGAGAGCUUUUCUCUGCCUGCGCCUUCAAUUAUGAAGGAGGACAGCAAAGCUACGUCAAUUUCUCGUCCAAUCUUUAUAUUUACCCCCUCCUCCAAGAGGACAUUUGUCUCCUCGAAGGUCCAAUUGCGAACUACUGCAGCUGCAGUAGUUCGUUAAGUAUUUUAACGUUCAGCCUGCAAAAGUACUAGUAGUAGCCUACUCAUUUACAGUUAUCUCGGACGCGCAAGGACACUACGAUACGCGAACACGUCAUUAAUAAACACCCAUGUCCCGUCGCUUAGCAACCUGAAACGCUUACGGACUACUUACGGAGUGGUAAGAAAGACGUGAAUCAGGCAAUAAAUCCACUUUCCUUGACAGCGGUCAAGUUCGGUGUGCAUAAAAGUACAGACGGAGCUCAGUGGACCAAUUGCGAACUACUGCAGCUACUCUAAGUUAAACCCCAAUCUAUUCGGAAUAAGUGUGUACAUGUCGAUUAAAACGGACUACACCACUUCUUCUAUUCGGCAUAGAAUUCUAUGCCGAACAGAUAAUUGUAUUCCGAAUGAGGCGUAUAUAUGAUCAUUUUCUAUGCCGCAUAGAAAUCGAUGCGGAUCAGAUGUGUCCAUAAACGCGGCUAGUGAUGACUGUACUUAUUUAGCAUCACCUGGGAUAUUCUCAAGUCAUGGAAACGUUUCAACCUUUUUCGAACUGUGGUUACAUUGUUUUUAUUUUUCAACUGAAGACGUUAUCUUCUAUCUUUAGGUAGCUGUGAUAAACAAUUUGUCAAGUAGAAAACCUAAGAUAUUAAUGUUUAUCAGAAUUUUCAAUGUUUAAGCUGGUUUGGCGAGAUGCUGUCGCCUUGUAUGAUUAAUAAAAAAAAAUGGUUCCAAUGGCAUGUGUUGAACGUAACCCAGGUCUCUGAAGCGCACCUAUUAUACCACCGGGUUAAUUUACUCUUUAUCACUACCAAUGUCAGUUCUUUCUGGUGGCCUCCUCCCAAUUGGCCAGUCCUGUUUGAUGUCACAAAGUUACAUUAUUUUGUAUGACUCAUGAACCUCCAAUCUGGCUGUACAAUAAGGGCCCUUUCCAUUUUUUAUGCACACUAUAUUAAAGAUAAGUGCUUAUUUUCUUAGACCUGGGGCACUAGAACAUGGCGGACAGUAUCAUUUAGUUUUAAAAUACAUGUAAAGUUAAAUGUAAUGUUUUAAUUGAGAUGUGAUUGGUAAUUUCAAGUUAGAAUGUAAAGUCAGUUUUAUUUUGUUCACCCUUUUCCACAGUGUUUGUAAUACAAUUACAUGGCUGCAGCUCGCUCCUCCAGUUGGCCCCAUCUCGUGUCUUUGUAAUUACCCCCAAUAAGCCGCUGUUCUCUUGUUGCAUGUCUGUGUUUCCUGUGUUGAAUCAUUAUGACGACUACUACUCCUUUUAAUGAUGUGUUUUGGACAAUAAAGAAUGUUUGCUUUGGUAAA